ACGUCGCAUUGCCUGUAAAUUGCCUUCUUCAUAAUUUGACAAUCUGCAGUCUUCGCUCUUGUACCCUAACCUUCCUACUGUGCUCGGGUGUGAGCUGUGGAGAUUUUCACCCGCUUCUCUCUCUCUCUCUCUCUCUCUCUCUCUCUCGAUCUAUCUCUCCCUCUAUGUCUUUCUCUCUCCCUCCCAUCCAACCAUCUACCCCCCUCCUCACAUCUUUGCACUUACCACAGCGUGCAGAGGGACGGGGAGACGCGUAGUGCAAAGGAUUGGUGCGAUGGUGUGAUUUGUUUUUUUGCCAUUUAUGAUUUGGCUGUCCCCUCCUCUCUGUUGUGAUUUUGUUUGGCCGUUCCUCUUUGUUUUGCCGCCGUGUUUUUCCUAAAUGGCGCAAGGGCUAUGCAUGCGUGUAGGCUCUGGUUUUGGUUCCGCCUGUGGGUGUGUGAUAUAAUCGCUGCCGCGGAGGAUUUGGAUAGCCGGUCUAGGAGCGGUUUCGGCGGCACCCUGAUCGCCACUGCUACCCCCUCCUCUUCUGCUGCCCGCCUCUAUGUCGAGUGAUGGUCGGCUUGCCUUGCUGCUGGAAGCGCGGCGCUCUCCACGGAUCUUCAACGUCGGUACUUCUUCUUUUUACACCAUUUUUUCAUAUUUCGUGGAAACCUUUCACCAUCUAGGGGCCACUUAUGGAAACUGGAGAUCAGAAUUUUAGAAAAAAGGAAAACUAGAGGUUGUUUUCUUUUAAUCAUUUUUAUUUUGCCAUUAUUUUUUAUUUUACCCAUUCGUUUGGCUUGAUUUUGUUGGUCGUAAUUCGUCUCAAUGGCUUCUUUAUUCCCUUAGUCUUCUGAUGUGUUUUUAUUCAGCAGAAGUAUGUUAGCCUCUUGGAAAUCUACCCCUUUGUGUGUUUAUGUGUUCGUUUAAUCAUCUAUUCGUUGUCACCUGAACAUAUAUUUUCCAUAGAUCUUACGCUUUAUUUUACCCACAUCUUCAUCAGAAACAUCCAUCCCUGUCAUUUCCCUCCCCUGCGUUUUCCCGUGUAUCUCCUCUCUGCGUGGAUAAAUGUAUGUUUAGGGAGAGAGAUGCAUCGGCUUAAUCAGUUGGUUUAAAACGCUGCCUACAUAGCAUGCCAAUUAAUGUCUUCGUCAUGACUACACACGGUGUGUGCCAGUUACUCACGUAGCUUUACAAAGUGCUUAGUUUUCAGGAGUGUUUCGGAGGGGAAACAUUUCCUAGGGUUCUGUCGCUACCCUUAACCCCGGUAUAUCUCCCUUGGUAGCGCCUUUCCUUCUUAAUUUAACGCGCUACUCAGAGCUAACACACGAAAGCCGUUAGCCCUAUGAAGGAUACAGCUUGACAAGUGCUGAUAUCCUCAUGAAAAGGAGAUGUGGAAAUGUCAACUGUCUGCUUUAAUUUGGCGUUUACAAACGUCCCAACAUCGCAUUUAGUGGGUGCUGAUUCGUUUAGAUAUAUCACGGGGCUGUAGACAGCAACAGUUGUUUACCAGGGUACCAGUGUACACCGGAACAGCAUACAUUUUUAUUAGCAAAGCUAAUGAUAGUUUGUUGCAAUUUGGACCAGAUUGUAGAGAAUAGUAAUGUUUUGCCGUGGAUGUUGGUGUACUUUUGUGGCUCCAAACCAUUUGGAUUAGGAAGGAAGAUUCAGUCUUUCUGUCAGAAUUUACCUCAUAAUCAUCUUCCCUUCAACAGUCCUCCUGUAUCAUUUCCCAUUUAUGUCCUCAAGAAACCCUAACUCAUUUUACGCUUUGUUACCUUCUUGGAGUAAAAAGAAACGAGCAUAAACUUCCGAACACGUGCCCCCCUUACCCCUUACCGCACCACCUCUGGUCAAAAGACCCUACUCCCAAUUUUUAUUUGUUUUGGUCCCCUGAAAUUUACAAAUAUUUAUUUCCUAUACAUCAAGAGGAAAGGGGGUUCCCCUUUCUUGGAAUGCGGAAACAUGGGUCUAUUUGACCGCGGGGUUCAGAUGCUGCUGACCACGGUCGGCGCGUUCGCUGCUUUCAGUCUCAUGACCAUCGCGGUGGGCACGGACUAUUGGCUCUACUCGCGCGGCGUGUGCAAGGUCAAGAGCAACAAUGAGAACGAGACGAGCAAAAAGAACGAGGAGGUCAUGACCCACUCGGGACUGUGGAGGACGUGUUGCCUGGAAGGUAACUUUAAAGGGCUGUGUAAACAGAUAGACCACUUCCCUGAAGACACGGACUACACAGCAGAUGCUGCUGAAUACUUCCUACGUGCGGUGCGGGCCUCCAGCAUCUUCCCCAUCCUCAGUGUUAUCAUGCUCUUCAUGGCAGGGCUGUGUAUCGCCGCCAGCGAGUUCUACAAGUCCCGCCACAACAUCAUCCUCAGCGCGGGGAUCUUCUUUGUGUCCGCAGGCCUGAGUAACAUCAUCGGGAUUAUCGUGUACAUAUCAGCCAACGCGGGCGACCCCUCCAAGAGCGACAGCAAGAAGAACAGCUACUCGUACGGCUGGUCCUUCUACUUCGGCGCGCUCUCCUUCAUCAUGGCCGAGAUGGUGGGCGUGCUGGCCGUGCACAUGUUCAUCGACCGGCACCGGGAGGUGCGGGCGGCCGAAGCGCGGAGCCAAGGGGCUGCGGCCCGGGGGCGGAGGCCCGGGCCGGGCGGCGGCAGCGGCGGCGGCGCCGACUACCUCCAGGGCUCGGCCAUCACGCGCAUCCCGAGCUACCGCUACCGCUACCGCCGACGCUCCUCUUCACGUUCCACCGACCCCUCGCACUCGCGCGACAACUCGCCCGUCGGCCUCAAGGGCUUCGGCGCCCUGCCCUCCACUGAGAUCAACAUGUACACAAUGAGCCGUGGCGGAGGGGGUGGUGGCGGAGGAGGUAAUGGAGGAGGAGGGGGGGGGGACACCCUCAAAACCUCCCAUGGGACCCCCACCACCACCUACAACUCGGAGAGGGACCACAACUUCCUGCAGGUCCACAACUGCAUCCCCAAGGACCUAAAGGACUCGGGCCACGGCAACGCGGCCAACCGGCGCACCACGCCCGUAUGAGCCCCCCCCUCCCCCCCCCCACGACGACACCCCCGUGACCCUCCUCCAAAAAGAGCCUCCUGCAUACACACGCCCUCAUACACACACACACAUACACGUGCCCCUCAGACAGGAGGCAAAAGAUAGGGGGAAGGGUGAUUGAGGUGAAAGAGAGGAGGAGAAUGGGAGAGACGGAGAAAAGUGGGGUUAAAAGCAGGACAUACCGGGGUCACGUUGUGAUAGCUUCCAUGAGUUUCCAAGCGCGGAGAGGCGUAAGAAUCGCAGUGAUUAAAUCAUAAUCAUUCAGAAAAAAGGCACUACCCUUCCUGCCCAGCGCUGAAGAGCUCACAGUCUCAAGUGAUCAGAUGACAAAGUCAAGCGAGGAGAGGGCCUGCUGAAAAUAUAAGGAGGAUUGGCCAUGCGAGUGGCGAGUUUUGAAAAUGUCUCAACUCGUCGCCAUCUGCUGCUUGGGUGUGGGAGGUGUCUCCGUUUGUCCUCCCCGCCUCUAACCUCCAAUCAUCUCGCUCCAUUUAAUGACAUCAGUGUAUUUUAUUCUUUUAUACAUUGUUUAAAUGUAUUGGCAUUAAUACUGUGCCCAGCCAAUACCAAGUUUUGUUGAAACAAAAAAAGAUCCAUUAUGAAAUGAUUAUAUAUGGCUAUAUAAAUAUAUAUAGAUGUGAAUAAAUUCAACCACAGACCCUCCCUUAUGUAAAACAAACAAUGGAAAAAAGGAAGACAUUUUUGGAACAAACUAAAUAAACGAAUCACUCAAUAAAGUCGCCAUGGAAACGAAAA